UGAAGUUAAUUUAAUAAUAGCUACUGCGGAUAUAGCGUAACCUUACGUGGCGAAGGAUGAUUGGAUAAUGCUUUAAAUAUUCAUCUACCUCCUCUACAUUCAUUAACGAUCAUCGUCUUAAAAUCUCUUAGCAAAUGUUUUGUUCGUCUUUUCCUUGCUUUUGUGAAAAUACAAUGGCAAUGGCGGCGGAUCUGUUAAGAUUCUCCCUGUCGACUCAGCCAAAGCUCUCUUUCAGUAAUGGCGCGAAACUUAAAGUUGACCGAUUUAACAUGCUCCAACGACGCUGUCGUGGUGGUUUCUAUCACCGGCCUUGGUCAACUCCUGGUUUCGUCUUAUUCAAUUCGCUGGAAACCAGAUCACAGUCGCAAGAGUCGUCUCUCCAACCGCCGAAACAGAAGCCUAAAGACUCGUCGGUUCUCCUCGAUGUUAGUGGGAUGAUGUGCGGCGGAUGCGUAUCCCGAGUCAAAUCAGUUAUCUCCGCCGACGAGCGAGUCGAGUCAGUCGUGGUCAACUUAUUGACUGAAACAGCGGCGAUCAAGUUGAAGCCAGAGGUAAUGGAGAGCGAUACCAUGGAGAGUGUUACGGAGAGUAUAGCUCAGCGAGUGAGCGAGUGUGGAUUCAUGGCGAAGAGGAGGGUUUCGGGGCUUGGAAUCAGGGAGAACGUGAGGAAAUGGAAGGAAAUGUUGAAGAAGAAAGAUGAAUUGAUGGUGAAGAGUAGGAAUCGAGUGGCUUUUGCUUGGACUUUGGUGGCGCUUUGUUGUGGGGCUCAUGCUUCACAUAUUUUGCACUCGCUAGGGAUUCAUAUCGGCCACGGAUCAUUUUUGGAGGUCCUACAUAAUUCUUAUGUUAAAGGUGGAUUGGCUUUAGCGGCUUUAUUGGGGCCUGGAAGAGACUUGCUACUUGAUGGAUUAAUGGCAUUCAGGAAAGGAUCACCCAAUAUGAAUUCUCUUGUGGGAUUUGGAUCAAUUGCAGCAUUUAUCAUUAGUGCAGUCUCACUUCUUAACCCUGGCCUUGAAUGGGAUGCUUCAUUCUUUGAUGAACCGGUCAUGCUUCUUGGUUUUGUGCUCCUAGGACGUUCUCUAGAAGAAAAGGCGAGGAUUAGAGCAUCUAGCGACAUGAGUGAACUUUUUUCAUUGAUAUCUACUCAGUCAAGACUUGUGAUUACUUCAUCAGGCAGUGAUUCCUCUGCUGAUUCUGCACUUUGCUCUGAUGGUGUUUGCAUUGAGGUCCCAUCAGAUGAUAUUCGAGUUGGAGACUUGGUGUUAGUUUUGCCUGGAGAAACUAUUCCUGUAGAUGAUGGUCCUUUAAGGAUUGAAGCAACUUCCACAGGUUCCGACUCAACUAUUUCUAAGAUUGUACGCAUGGUUGAAGAUGCUCAAGGACAAGAAGCACCUGUACAAAGGCUUGCAGAUGCUAUAGCUGGGCCAUUUGUUUACAGCAUAAUGACUCUGUCAGCAGCAACCUUUGCUUUUUGGUAUUAUGCCGGGUCAAACAUAUUUCCAGAUGUUUUGCUCAAUGGAAUUGCUGGCCCUGAUGGAGAUCCUUUGCUUUUGAGUUUGAAACUUGCUGUGGAUGUCUUAGUAGUUUCCUGUCCAUGUGCACUGGGUCUUGCCACACCAACAGCUAUCCUUGUUGGCACCUCUCUUGGUGCAAGACAAGGACUGCUUAUAAGAGGAGGGGAUGUUCUGGAACGGUUGGCCAGUGUAGACCAUGUGGCUUUUGACAAAACAGGGACUCUCACUGAAGGAAAACCCACAGUCUACUCUGUGGCUUCUUUUGCUUAUGAUGAAUCAGAAAUUCUCCAAAUUGCUGCAGCAGUGGAGAGAACAGCGACACACCCAAUUGCUAAGGCUAUUGUAAAGAAGGCAGAAUCAUUGAAUUUGGCAUUCCUAGAAACAAGAGGCCAACUAGUUGAACCAGGUUUUGGAACCUUAGCUGAAGUAAAUGGACGUUUGGUUGCUGUUGGUAGUUUAGAAUGGGUUAAUGAACGUUUCCAGAUGAAAGCAAGCCCAUCUGAUUUAAUGAAUUUAGAACAUGCCAUGAUGCGUCAGUUUGCAUCAGCAUCAAACCAUUCAAAAACCGCUGUCUAUGUUGGACAUGAAGGAGAAGGCAUUAUUGGUGCCAUAGGAAUAACUGACGGUUUGCGCCAUGAUGCUGAAUCCACUGUGAGCAGGCUUCAGCAGAAGGGUAUCAAAACAGUCCUUAUUUCAGGAGACAGGGAAGAGGCAGUUGCAACUAUUGCAAAGACAGUUGGAAUAGAAGGUGAAUUUGUUAAUGCAUCCUUGACUCCUCAACAAAAAUCAAGGGUUAUAUCUACUCUUCAGACUGCAGGACAUCGCAUUGCAAUGGUAGGGGAUGGCAUUAACGAUGCACCAUCUUUGGCCCUUGCUGACGUUGGGAUUGCUCUACAGACUGAAGCACAAGAAACUGCAGCCUCUGAUGCAGCAUCUAUUAUACUUCUCGGAAACAAACUCUCCCAAGUAGUAGAUGCUGUGGAUCUUGCACAGGAAACAAUGGCAAAAGUGUAUCAAAAUUUAUCAUGGGCAGUAGCAUAUAAUGUUGUUGCCAUCCCAAUCGCUGCCGGUGUUUUACUUCCUCAAUUCGAUUUUGCUAUGACACCUUCACUUUCUGUUAAGUAAAAUGGAAAAGAGAAGUAACACUUAGAGGUUUUAUAUGGUGUCCCCACAAUAUAUUCUCAUCUAACCUUUCUGGGUAUUGGUUCUGAUAGGUGGGUUAAU